AUGUCCCGCCUGCUGUCCGCUUUGGGAACGUGGAGUCAGUCUGCAGCUGAUGAUAUUGAGUGCUUGGGCUGCGUGGCGUUCCUGAUUAGUGACGUCGCCAGAGCAGUUGCUCGCAAGGUGCAGCACCUUCCCCGCAACGAGGGAGGAACGCGGGCCCGCGUGUUGGCGGAGGGGCAUGCGGUGGGCCGCUUUCCAAGGGAACCCUGCGUGGUUGGGGGCAUGGCAGGUGGAGAUAAUAGAAGAGUAAUAAUCCAGACCAAACUUCAAGCUGGCGUUCUGUAUAUGCCCAACAAGUGUUUUGUCACCGUGCUGGACGCGUUCUACGUGGUCGGGGUGCAACCAACAGUAACUGCCACAGUAGACCCCAGGUAG